GCGGCUCUGUUUCACACACCGGCUUUUUUUAAACACCCGAUACGGUUUUAGGCUUUGAGCUUUCUCAAUAAUGUCAUCGCGAUGAGAGACAACUUUCUCUGUUUCUUUAUGGCAAGAGAGCAAAAAAGAGGAUCUGGCAGCAAAGAAACAAACACGGACGCUCAGUGAAAACUUAAGGCAUAAAUAUACUUUUUCCAUUGGGCGUCUGAUGGUUCAAAAGAGAACCUGUUUCAUGGGCCUGAGAAGUCUUUCAGCUCUGGAUAUAUGAAGUGAUCUUGUUUUUUGAGCGAUCUCAGAGAUCUAAAGUGGAUUUAUAUUUGAGAUUUUUAGCCUACACGAGGUUCAUUGUGGACUUCAGGACAAUAAAGGACCCGAGGGCUGCAGUACAUGCAUGCCGGGCAUCUGAUUGAAGCAUCAGGGGUAUAUACUCUCCUCCGUCUCUGAUGUGUGUAACAGCACUGAUCUUCCAGAGGUGGAAAUCAUCAGUUUGCUGGAGGAGCAACUCCCCCACUAUCAGCUGAGAGCAGACACUAUAUACGGCUAUGACCACGACGACUGGCUCCACACUCCACUCAUUUCACCUGAUAUCAACAUCGACCUAACCGUCGAGCAGAUUGAGGAGACCCUCAAAUACUUUCUUCUGUGUGCUGAAAGAGUGGGCCAGAUGACUAAGACGUACAAUGACAUAGACGCUGUUACACGGUUGCUUGAAGAGAAAGAACGGGACCUGGAGUUAGCAGCACGCAUAGGUCAGUCCCUACUGAAGAAAAACAAAACCCUGAGUGAAAGAAAUGAGUUUCUAGAGGAGCAAGUGGAGCACAUACGUGAGGAGGUUUCUCAGCUGCGUCAUGAUCUUUCUAUGAAAGAUGAACUGCUCCAGUUCUACACCAGUGCUGCUGAGGAGAGCGAGGGAGAGUCAGUCACUUCUACCCCGAUUCCGCGAAAUGACUCCUCAUUGUCAGUGCCAAAUUUCUUCCCUCUGGACUCAUUGCAGAAGAAGCUCAAAGACCUGGAGGAAGAGAACAUUGUUCUGCGAUCUGAGGCGUGUCACUUGGAGACAGAGACCAUCUCGUAUGAGGAGAAGGAACAGCAACUGGUUAAUGACUGUGUGAAAGAGCUCAGGGAUGCUAACCUACAGAUCUCGUCAAUUGCGGAGGAGCUGGCAAAGAAGACUGAAGAUGCCUCCAGGCAGCAGGAAGAGAUAACUCACCUGCUCUCUCAGAUAGUGGACCUCCAGAAAAAGGUUAAAUGUUAUGCAGUAGAAAAUGAGGAGCUCACACAGCACCUGGGAGCUGCUAAAGAUGCCCAGAGACAGCUUACUGCUGAGCUUCGGGAACUGGAGGAUAAGUUUGCAGAGUGUAUGGAGAUGCUGCAUGAAGCCCAAGAGGAGUUGAAGAACUUCAGGAACAAGACUGUGCCCCAGAGCACACCACGCCGGUUUCACUCACUCGGCUUUUUCCCCAUGGACUCCUUAGCUGCUGAAAUUGAAGGAACCAUGAGGAAAGAGAUUCAGAUGUCUGACCCGGAAGUGGAAGAUCAGAGGUUACACCCGAAGAGAGUCUUCCAAACAGUGCGCAACAUCAAUCAGGUGGUUCGCCAGCGCUCACUCUGUCCCUCCCCCAUGAACAUCCCAGGCUCAAAUCAGACGUCCUCCAUGAACUCUAGGCACUCCAGCUGUCUGAGCACACCCAGAUCCAGUGUUUAUGGGGGAGAAGGGAGCAUCACAGACAACCGCACCAGUAGCAUGAUUCUGGAGCCCCACACUCCACAGGAGUGUUCAGAAGACUCGAACAAGAAGCCUGGUACUCCUGGCACACCUGGUUCUCAUGACCUGGAAGCAGCGCUACGGCGGCUCUCGCUUCGCCGUGACAACUACCUGAGCGAGCGUCGUUUUUUUGAGGAGGAGAGGGAACGCAAGCUGCUGGCGCUAGCUGAUGAGAAGAGCGAGAGAUCUGGAGACAGUGAUGGAGAAGGAGGAGGCUCACUCACACAUGCAGACAGCAUCCUAUCUCUAGGCACCCUGCAUUCGGUCUACUCGGUGUACAGCAGUCGCUCCUACCUGCCUGAGAAGCUGCAGAUCGUCAAGCCUUUGGAAGGCUCAGCGACUCUGCAUGCGUGGCAGCAGCUGGCCCAGCCCAACCUUGGUGGCAUUCUGGAUCCUCGGCCAGGGGUAGUGACCAAGGGCUUCCGCCAUCUCCAGCUUGACCUCGAGGAGGCUUAUAAGUUCACAGACUUGGAGGAAGAUGAGCCAGGGGAGCAUCAGAACUCGCAGCCCACUCUCUCUACCUCAGGCCUGGGCUCACUGCCCUGUUCACCGAGCUCCAACCUUCAUCGUCAGGGGGAGCAGCACCGAGGAGAGAGACGAGGGACAGAGUCAGAGUUUCAGGAAAUGGGAAGAGAUGCACAGGUUGAAGAGGAGGAAAUGCCAUCUGUGCAUUUUCCUGGUAAAUGCAUGUCCCACACAAACUCUACCUACACCUUUACGACCUGCCGGAUACUACACCCCUCUGAUGAACUGACCAGAGUCACUCCCAGUGUGAUAGCAGCAGGUCCCUCUCUGGCAUCCUGUGUGAAGACCAUCAAUAGUGUGCACUCUACUCCAGCCUCUACACCCUGCACACCACGUCGUCUCAGCCUGUGUGAGAGCUUCACUAAUCUGCGGGAGCACACCAAGACCACCAGCACCUCUCUGGGGCUGGUGCGACUCCUACAAGAGCGUGGGAUUUCUGCAGCUGUCUACAACCCUCACAGCUGGGACCGGGCUGAAAAAACACCAGACAAAUCUGCUUCAAGAACAUUCCCCACUGCCCCAGGCCCAGACAAUAUGCCCUCGACACCCCCAAACUCCCCCAGCCAAUCUAAACCCACUAGCCUUGUGCUGCCUGCAGACUUCAGCCCUUCUGACCCACCUUAUGAGAACUUCCUUGCUUCACGGCCUGCAAGUUCCAUUCUGAAGGAGAUGCGUGGAGCAGAAGCCAAGCUGUGCACAGAAUCGGAGUGCCAGACAGAGAUGAGCAUACACAAUCUGCGGCUUGUGGACAAGGUGAAGCGCUUCAGCCUCGGUCCUAGAGCUGUAACUCCAGGUCCUGGGCUUGGUUUAGCUGCCCCUUCUUUUGGAACCCAACCUGGGCUGCCCAGCCCCAUAGCAGGACUGACUGGUAUACGGAGGAACCGAAGUUACCCGGUUAUGGUAGGGGCCAGUAUGGCAAUGAAGGGAUUGGGGCCACCUAGUGAAGACUUGCUCCUGCCUCCCAGACCUCCAACACAGUCUAGCCUCAGUGAGGAGUGAGCGUCGCUUCUGUCAGUCAUCCUCUGUACAGAAAUAAAAUACAUUAUUCUCAUGACAGAUCAACUGUGCCUGUAAGAGAUUUGUAUAGAUUAUUUUGUACAGCAGCUGUAACUGUAAUACCAUUUUAUUACAAUUAUUUUGUCACACUUACAGUGCAAUUCAGCCAGAGAGACCACAGUAUGACUUUGAUUCUUUAAUCCCCUCCUGUAUAAAUUGUGGAAUAAUUGCACUUCUGCAUUACAAGAGAAUGUAGCAUAAGGCCUGUUUGUAAGCACUUUUUGAUUUUGACUUCUCUGGCAUAAGUGUACUGAAAGACCAUAACCCUGUAGUCUUGUGUUUGACUGAUUUGGUCUUCCUGAGCCCAAAGUACCUCUGGUUUGUUUUUUUGUAUUGAAAACUGAAACACUAAUGACAUCCUUAUGCUAAUCGUAGACAGAGCAGUACAGAAUAGUGUGUUGGUGCCCAGUUAAUGUGACUGAUUCUAACCCUGUCUGUGCCCUCAGUACAAUCUCAUUAAAUUAUUAAUACUCUUUAAGGAAAAAAGCCCUAUUUUACCUGUUUUACCUGCCCACUCAAUUAUCCCUCUAAUUGCCUACAACAUCCAUGUUUAUCUGUGUGUACACAGCAUCUAAAAUCUCUUAAAUGGUUUGUUGUAUAAUGUUUAUUACAAUGUAAUAGACGUAUGACUAACCAUUAAAAUGGUGUGGUUUGGAGAUAUGUAGUAGGACACUGUAUUGUAAUUUCUCUACAAGUCCAGAGGUGUGUAAAAAGCUGUAAGGUAUCUGAGACUGGUGUUUCACUGGUGGGAAAUUGAUGUCUCUGGGGGGUUUUUUCAUUCAAAUAAAUAUAAGCGAUCAACUAGACAUUAAAUACUCAAAAGCAGAAUAUUUACAACCUCCUGGAUAAUGAUAAUGUCCCGUUGUUCUGAUAGAAACAGUGUAACCUUGCAGAUGCAUCAGAAGCCUCUGGCCAGUAUUAUUUUCUAUUUAAAAGCUGUAAAGUGUGUGUGUAUUUUAGUGAGAGGACAUUUCUCUCCAAAAACUGAACUGUAAGCUUUAAUUGCAUUGUGUGAGUUGGCCUCUUGAUAGCAAUAUCAUGGUGCCUGAUGUCAGUAAUUUAUUAUUUAGCCCUAUUUUUGAGUGACACUCAUUCUGAAGGCUUUGCCUCAGUAUACAUUGGUGUUAACACUGUAACAAGGUGCUGGUGUUGUAACAGAAAGAUGGCUUUUAAUUCUGCAAUGCAGUUUUGAAUAUAGUCUAUGAAGGAUGUUUGAUUUGAGAGAAAUGUCUAGUAAGUACAUACAGCCAUACCUUUUGGUCCUUUUUUCCCCCCUAAUCAUGUUGCAUCAAAAGGCAGAAGGUUGUCCAUUAAAGAGGUGUAUGCACUUAACUUUGACUUGAACCUGUUAGUGUUGAUUGUCUUGCAGAAUCACAGUGGUGUCCUACGUUCAUUACAGUUAUGAGUUUUAUUUCCUCAGACUGCAUAAAGGGAAAUUUUGCCACUUGUACACUGUAAAUUGUAAAGAUAGAAAUAUGUUUUUAUACAAAAUGCCAUAAAUUACUGAAUAAAUGAAGGAAAGUGUGAGAAUGUGUCAAAAAUCCUGAUUUGUUUUCAGGAAUGCAGAGGUCAUCAAUAAAUGGAUGAACAUAAUUGUGUCUCUUUUUCCACUUGUGUCGUGUCAAAAUAUUCAUCACAUUGCAUGAUCAUUUUAUUUGAUGCUUGUUUUCACAAUCCCAAAGGACU